AUGGAGGUUGGAAACCACACCAGUGUGACGCAGUUCAUCAUUUUGGGGUUAACAGAUGAUCCUACACUUAGUGUCAUCUUCUUUGUGAUAUUUCUAGGAAUAUAUGUUGUCACCAUAGUAGGCAAUAUCAGUAUAAUCACUGUAAUAAGAAGCUGCUCCAGGCUUCACACCCCAAUGUACUUCUUCCUCAGCCAUUUGGCUUUUGUGGACAUUGGUUGUUCCACAUCAAUCACACCUUUAAUGCUUGUAGGACUCUUUGGCCAUAAAACAGUCCUCCCUGUCACUGGCUGUGAAGCCCAGCUCUAUUCUGGGGUUACAUGUGGGACAGCUGAGUGCUUCCUGCUGGCUGCCAUGGCCUAUGAUCGUUAUGUGGCCAUCUGCUCACCACUGCUCUACUCCAUCCACAUGUCCCCCAGAAUCUGCAUUCUCUUAGUGGGGAUGUCCUACUUGGGCGGAUUUGUGAAUGCUUGGACAUUUACUGGCUGUUUAAUGAGUCUGUCUUUCUGUGGACCAAAUCAGGUAGAUCACUUUUUCUGUGAUUUCUCCCCUUUGUUGAAACUGUCCUGCUCGGAUAUCUCCAUUAUUGAAAUCAUCCCUUCCAUCUCUUCUGGAUCCAUCAUUGUGGUCACAAUGUUUGUCAUAUCUCUCUCUUACAUCUGCAUCCUCAUCACAGUCCUGAAGAUGCGCUCCGCUGAAGGGAGACACAAAGCCUUCUCCACCUGCACCUCCCACCUCACUGCCGUUACUCUCUACUAUGGGACGAUCACCUUCAUUUAUGUGAUGCCCAAAUCUAGCUACUCAACUGACCAGAACAGAGUGGUAUCUCUGUUCUACACAGUGGUGAUCCCCAUGUUGAACCCUCUCAUCUACAGUCUGAGGAACAGAGAUGUGAAGGAGGCCCUGAGAAAGGCAACUGUCAGAUUACAUUUGUAG